AUGUCUUCCUCAUCUGCUGCGGCGAGCAAGGUUUCUUUCACAAUCCGCAGACCAACACCUGUUGCUCGCGCCGACUCCGACUCAGAUUCUUCCAACUUCAAGGUCCCUGCACUACCCCGCCAUCUUUCUGGCACCAGCACGCCAAACAGUCCCCUUUCGCGGAACAGCCCGCCGACCCGCACAUACAGCGAGCGCGACAGCUCAGAUGAGGAUUCAGGAGUAGAAGACGAGCUGGUGACGGCGUUCGACGAAUUUGGCGCAAAGCGGUCCCACUCCCGUGGCAGACUCCAUGAAAAACCAAAGCCUCAAGGCCCGCUCGUGAUCCCCGCCUUGCAAAACAGAGAUUGGCGCGAGUUCGCGCGGAAGCGCAAACAGCUAUACGUUCCCCCCAGUGCCGCUGCGACUACCGGAGCGGAUGGCUCCGUGGGCGGACUGGGCACGCGCGACUCGAUCAAUUCGGGCCCGCAGCUGUCAGGUCUGCAGGCUCGUAAGCGCGUCAAGGUUGAGGAAGGCGAGGACGAACCUAUGUCCGACGCCAUUGCUCCCGAGACUCCGCAGUCCGUGCAAGAUGUGAAGGCGGAGGAGACAGAGGACCAAAAAGCCCUCCGCGCUAUCCUUGCGAGCGCCUCUUCAGGGGACGACGCGGGAAUUGACGGUCCUCACAUCGAUGUCAUCCCCGUCGUGACCGAGGACGAUGCUUACAAGCAGGACGUCGAGGAGCUCCCGGAACCGGCCACGCUCGAGGACUACGAGCGCGUGCCUGUUUCACAAUUUGGCGCGGCGCUUCUCCGCGGGAUGGGUUGGAAGGAAGGGCAGGCCGCAAGCAGGAAGAACAAGGGUUUGGUGGAACCGUGGCUUCCGCAGGCGCGUCCCGCCCUCUUGGGCAUUGGCGCGAAGGAGAAGGAAGUGUUCGACGACGGGAGCAAGGGUAAGAGGGGUGCGAAGGCGCGGCCCGAGAGACGAUACGUACCCGUCAUCAAGAAGGAGCGAGCGCCCGAAGGUGGCAGUGGAAGCGGAGAGAGCUCUUCUAGACGCCGGUCUCCCUCCCCAGGUCGGAAUGGCUCGAGGCGGUCGCCUUCCCCUGACCGCCGCAAGGACCGUGAUGGCCGUCGGGAUGACCGCGACCGAGAGCGGUACCGCGAGAGCGUUCGCAGUCGGGAUCGCCGACGAGACGAUGAUUACGACCGCCGGCGGGACGACGACCACGACUCGUCCUCUCGUAGGGACCGCGACAGGCAUAAGGAUCGUUCUCCCCCCAAGGAACGUUAUGACUCGUCCAGCAGGACAAGGGACAAGGACCGCUACUAG